AUGGAUGUAAGCCUUAACAUUAUGAUGAAAAACAGUUAUCCUUCACAUCACAAUCAACAACAGCAACACCAACGCAAUCAUCAGUCAACACUGCCAUCAUCGAAGGCAACAUCACCAUCUAACCUAUCGAUAAACAGUCUUAAUCAUCAUUAUGUUUUAACCAAUGAAAAUCUAAACUUUAAUUUUGAUGAAAUUCGUCAAGAAUUAGCUAAUCUCGGUGUGACCGGUUUAAAUGAAGAUCAACUGGCUUGUUUAAAACAUGAUUUAGAUUUGAUAAUUAGUCAAGAGAAACAAGCAUUGCGUUAUUCUUCAUUGGAAUCAUCGGAAUCUAAGAAUGAUAGAAGGUUUGAAGGUGACAAUGAUAGUCAUUCCUACGAUGAUGAUUAUGAUGAUGAUGAGGAUGGCGACGACAACAACAGCAAUAACAACAAGAAAGACAAGACAAUGAACAAUGAGAAAAAGAAAUCUGUGUGUUAUUCAUCCCUAACAUCUUUAUCUUCAUCACCGUCAUGUUUUUCUAUAACAUCGGAGGAAUUUUCAAAUUGUGAUGAGAAUGCUGGUGACAAUCAUACUAGUAGUAAUAACAAUAAUAAUAAUAACAACAACAACAAUAAUAGUAAUAAUAAUAGUUAUGGUGAUGAAAAUAUAAACAAUGUGAGAAGCAAUGAGAUUUCAUCAAAGAAACAGAUUGUUCCAAAGUUAUCAUUGAUAAAUAAAACCACGAAUCAACAAUCUAUAGAGAAUAAAAGUUCUGUUCAAUAUCAUCAACUGGUGAAAUUGAAUGGUCAGAAUGAUUACAGUAACAGGGGAUUGUUAAAUGAGAAUGCUACAAAAUCACCGUCUUCCUCCUCCUCCUCUCUUAUACGCAAAUCACAAAGAUUAACAAAAUCUAACAACAAGAAUUCAAUUGAUUUUCAUUCACCAAAAUAUACAAAUUUAUCUGGAAAAGUCAAAACUGCUGAUAAUUAUUAUAAUAAGAAAUUCAUUAAUAAUCAUCAUCCAGUAUACGAGAAUAAGGCAAAACAUUCUACAACUGAUCCACAAUUGGCUACAGAUAUUCUUUCUGCAACAAUGUAUGAUAUGCGAACAUCUUAUCUGUUAUCAAAUGAUGAUGUGAAAGAUGAUGAGGAUAACGACGAGGAUGUCGUGGUUGCUUUGGUGGGAGAUGAUAUUGAUAAGGAGAAUGACAGCAUUGGUACACGAUCACAACCCCUACCACCGACAUCAUUAUCAAGGAAAGCAUUUUUAGAUGAUGUUAACAGCCUCAAACGCCAUCAACAACAACAACAACAAAGGCAAAAGGAGUCUUAUCGAACAAAUAUCGAUCAGAAAAAGCACCACCACCACAACCAUCAUCAUCACCAUCCACAUCAGAAAGAGCAGAAUCACUUAAAACAGACUGUAGAUGUUCGCUAUAAUCAUCAUGACAAGUUGAGCGUUCAACCUAUUCAUCCUGAGUCUCGUGUUGUAAAAUUCAAGCCAAUUAUACUUCAUAAUCCUCUAUCGGUAAGCUCAUCUCAACAAACAAGUAGUAUGACUGUAGCGCCGCCAUCAUGUUGGAGUAGUCAAUCGUAUUCUGAUCUGCCUCAGUCAACAUCAACAUCAAUUCAAGAUAAAUAUUCCACGCUGAGGAAUCCUUCUCCUCCUCCUGACAGACUGAAUUCAGCUGUUCAUUGUUGGUAUACGGGUGAUAAUAUAUGUAAGAAGUCUGUUAAACAGCCUAUACAAUCAUCACAUGAAGGCGGAGAAGAUGAAGAUUCCAACGAAGCAGCGAUGAUAGCAACCACGGAAACAAUCCAUCGAAAUAUUUUGCCUAAUACAGAAAACUGUGAUCAGUAUUCAGGUGCUAUUGAAAAUUAUAUACUUGAACAAAGUCGUGGAAUUAAACACGAUCCAAGUCAUGAGGUGUUACUUGCACCAGUAUUCGUUAAAUCAACAACAACACCAACAGCUGCAACCCCCUUGACCAAUAAAAAAUCUCAUCCAUCAUCAACACAAACAUCUAAAGAUCCCUAUGCUAAGCUGAAAACAUUCUAUCAACGUUAUCAACAAUCACAAAAUCCCAAUCAUAAUCAUCAACUUCGUCAAGAGCUACAGUCGAAGUUUACAUCAACACCUCAUGGACAAUAUGUACCUGUUAUCAAUGCGCGUACUACAAAGCCAUCUAAUUUUAAUUUAUUAACUCGUGGUGAAGGUGUUGAUGAUAUUGAUGAUGAUAAUGGUGAUCUGAAAGUUCCCAGGGCUGUUGUUGAUGACGAUAAUGAUGAUAACAUUUCACCGUCGACAACAACAACAAACACAAGGAAUAAAUUAACCUCAAGGAAAAUUGAUCCUUUAAUGAGUAGUUCUUUGCCAACAACAAAACGAAAUAUUUCAUCUGCUGCUGCUGCUGCAUCAAGAAGAUCAGCACGAUUUUUAGAUGAUCCUGUUGAUCAAGUGCAUAGUUUACCACAACGACCUAAAUCAUCAUGUCUACAGUCAGUCUAUCAAAAGUCAAAUAGUUUACAUCAAAACUUUUAUGAUGCUCAAUCAGCAAAUGGUCAAAUUUCACAACGAUCUGGAUCAUCUAGUGUUGUUACACGUCGACGACAAGAUCCUGUAGCUCGAUAUCAUGCCUAUCAACGUAGUUGGUUAAUACAUUCAACACCUGGUGAAAACGCCCGACGUGUUCUCCGUUGGAAUAUUAAAACUGCAAUGAUGCAUAGAGAAGUACCACUGUUACAGCGGAAUUCAGCUGAAGUCGCCCGUCUUUUAGGUCCAUAUGCAUCAGCUUAUUUAGAAGAAGAAAGAAAAAGACGAAUUAAAGCCUUAAAAUUGGAUUAUGUUCCACCAACAAGUCGACGUUAUGAUGCUUUACGUCAAAGUAUUCGAUCAUUAAUGACUAAUCCAAGUUGA